AUGCAUGAAGAAAAUUCCGAUGGUAGUGAUGAUGCGGCGUCACAAACAAGUAAUCUUAAAAAGCGAUCACGGCAUGAUGAUGGUAAUGCUUUGGAGAUGGCAAAAGGUUUACAUGAGAAAUUCAAGUUAUUACUCGACAAACUCAAAAAAUUCGAAUUGCCUCUUUCCGGUGCCAAGUACACGUGGAGUAGACCACCCAACAAGAAGAGCAAGAUUGACCGUUUUGUUUUCUCAUCGGGUUGGGAAGACCAUUUCCCAAAUAUCAUACUCAAGCGCCUUGCAAGGCCUUUUUCGGAUCAUUUUCCUAUUGAGUUGUGCGUUUUGGAUUCGGAUUGGGGUGCUUGCCCUUUUCGAUUUCAAUUAGCUUGGCUUGAAGGUACGGCGGGUGAAUGCUUCGCAAAGAAGUUAAACACUUUAAAGGAGAAAUUGAAGGUGUGGAAUAGAGAUGUUUUGGGGAGCAUUGAUAGGGCUUUAGACACGGCUCUUACCAAGUUGAAAGAAUUGGACGAUUUAGAUGAUGAUAGGGGUCUUACCGAAGUUGAAGAAGACAUGCUUGUGACGGCUAAAGUUGAUUUUGAGGUGGCUCAUCGUCGUCAAAACAUUUUGUUGAGGAAAAAGUCAAGAAUUAGAUAUUUUAGAGAUGGCGAUCGCAACACAAAACAUUUUCACCGAGUGGUGAAAGGUCAUAGAGCAUUUAACAACAUCAAUAAUCUUCGUAAAAAUGGACGUUGGACCGGAAACAAGGAUGAAAUAAAGAUGGGUAUUGCAAAUCAUUUUGAGUUAGCAUUUAAAGAAAUUUCAAACAACCGUCCAAGAAUCAAAAAUAUGUGUCUAAAGUGUAUUGAUGAGAAUGCAAGUAUUUGGUUGGAGAGACCUUUUAAUGAAGAGGAAGUUAUGAAUUCAAUUAAAGAUUUGGGAAUUGUCGUGCUCCGGGUCCGGAUGGAUUUCCUUUGA